CCUCACCGGGACAGACACUGGUGCAGUGUCGAUCCAUACGUGCACAUGUUCCUUUUCUGGCUUUCAGGACGCCUAACAUCCGAGAGCACACAAGUGUGUGUGUGUGUGUGUGUCGAUCUGCAGGAGAAUGUGCGAGUGAAGCAUCCUUUGUGCUGAGGAGCAUGAGUGCCUGACUGAGAGGCAGCGUGAGGAUGCACGGUGGGCAGGAUCUGUCGUGAUCGGUGGAGUUUGUGGUGUGCUCUACUUGUGCCGUCUUCCUGCUCCCUCCUUCCAAUUUGGUUAUCUGUCGAGGACAAAAAGCGUCCUGCUGGGAUGUCCACCUCACCUGGUGCAAGAGACGGGAGUCAGAGGAACUCUUUGGAGCUGGAUGCUGAACACUCACAGAAAGCCCCCGGAGCCGAGCAAGCAGGGGUCCAGCCCCCCCAGGUGAAGCUGAAAGACAGGCAGAAGUUCUUCGAGGAGGCCUUUCAGCAGGACAUGGAGCAGUACCUGUCCACCGGCUACCUGCAGAUCGCCGAGCGGAGAGAGCCAAUAGGCAGCAUGUCGUCCAUGGAGGUGAACGUGGACAUGCUGGAGCAGAUGGACCUGAUGGACAUGUCUGACCACGAGGCUCUGGAUGUCUUCCUGCACUCUGGUGGAGAGGACAACAGUGCUGCUUCACCUGUCACAGGUCCAGAUGUGGAGUCGUUCACCACCGAGAUCAGCCUCCAGGUCCCCACCCAGGCCGAGCUCCGACACAAGCUCUCGUCCCUGUCGUCCACCUGCACGGAUUCAGCCAGCCAGGACACGGAGGCCGGAGAGGAGGACGAGGAGGACGAGGAGACUGAGCAGGGGGGAGGUGAAGGCUCCGGGGGAGGAGGGAGGAGGAGAAAGCCCCCUGUGGUGGUGACCCUGGACGAGGAGGAGGUUCACCCAGACGCUGCGCUGGUGAACAGAGACGGGACGAGGAAAGACUGUAAGGUGAAACGGCAGCAGGUUUGAGGACAGCUGGACUUGAUUGAAAGGCAAAAACUCCCACAGCUGCCAAAUCCAGAACCCAGAGUACACAGCACCGUGCAAAAGUCUUCAAUCUUCUCUUUUUUUACAUUUUACUUCCAAUGAGCCAGACUUUCUUGUAAUCUUAUAAAGUGGUCCUGAUCAAUAUUUCUUUAGGCUUUCUAAAUAUCUGUCUAGUUUUUUUUUUUAACUCCUAUCUUAGCUGCUUACAAGACUAGAACAAAGUCGGGCUCCUUCUUAGAUAAAUAAUAUUAAAUUAAGGUGAUUUGUUUCUAUUUUUGCCCAGCACUGUAAAUAUAUUGGCUUUUGUUCCUACAAAUCUUUCAGAAAAUCAAGAGAAGUUCCCUGGAGGUUGCACUAACUGCCACAUAAACUUGCCUUAAAGAAAUCACAAAGUUAAGUUUUCAAAUCUAAUAAAGAAAAUAGGUUUUUGCCCCGUUUAGCAUAAAAAGGCUUAACAAUAUGCACUUUUUUUUCUUUGCAGAAAGUCACAGAAAUUCUGUUUUUGUGCACAUUGAGAGGGAAAAAACAUCAAAACGAGCCAGUUUUAGUCAGGACUCAGAGUAUUUACUGCAGCUUUCUGUUCUUGUUGGGAGGUUUUACAGACAUGAUGGUUUUAACAUUUAGUCUGUCAGGAUGGUGCCACUUGAAACUAAGAGCCAUAUAAGAAUCGAGCUUUUAUUCGUUAAAAAAUUCACCUAAUUUUCUUUCCUUUUUUUUACUGUGCAGAUGGUUUUGGUUGAAUUAUCCAAGUUUUAAAUGAGUAAAGUGCUUUUUCUGAAACACUAUUCUCUCYGACAGCUUUAAAUUUCUAACAUUUCUGACAAGAAAAGUGUCCUGACUGGGUCAAAUGUUUCGCUGAUCAGGAGCUGCUCUUUUGAAACUACUAAUGCUUGAUGAACUUGUUCCAUAAAACUGAUAAAUUGACCUUUAAUGCAACUAAUACUAAUUAGAAUUCAGGACUUGUCAAUCUUCUGCAGAGGGGAUAAUGGUUGAUGUUUCCAUAAUUGAUUAAAUUGAACCACUAAUGGUGUUUUCUCGAUUCUACAAAAUUUCAAAUGUCAUCUGUGAUUUAAUUUUCAGUGACAAACGUGGACUGUGAGCUGUAACACAAUAACGUUGAGGCGACACAGUUCAGGUAUCGUUAAUUCAAUAAAUCUCCCCUCUUUUUUGCCUCUGGUGAGUUAAAUGUUCCUYCUUUUGAACAAAGACCAAAUGUGGACUGUGUGCUGUGCACUGGACGUGGAGCAGAAGGUGAAACUGUGUCCAGCCUGGUUUGGUUUUGUUGACAUUUGUGCAAUGUGACAGCGUUACUCUUUCCUUUCUUUCUCCUGUUUAUUAAUAAAUGUUUCAGACCCA